AUGGAGUGUCUCAAAGACAAAUUUGUUGGUGGUGUUCUUCUAGACGGUCGCUAUGAGACAAUAUCACCUCUCAACCACGGCUCAUUCGGUAUGGUUUUCAUGGCCCGUGACUUGAUGACGAGCCAAACGGUGGCCAUCAAAUGUUUGACAAAGAAAGCUGCAUCAUGCGAAGCUGGUCUGGAUUUUGCAGUCGACGACAAGUCUGAGGAACUCUCCAUCCACAACAAUCUCGGAUCUCAUGAUAACAUCGUCAACUUACUCCACUCUUUUGAGACAGACGCACACAUUUACCUCGUUCUGGAGUUUUGUUCUCAAGGCGAUUUGUAUGAAGCCAUCAGAAAUGGGCAUGGACCUCUACAGACAGAGCAUGUUCGGCAAUUCAUGUUGCAGCUUGUCGAUGCUGUCGCAUACAUUCAUUCCAGCGGCGUGUACCACCGCGAUAUCAAACCUGAAAACAUCUUCCUAACGCAAGAUGGCAUCUUGAAACUCGGUGACUUCGGUCUUGCAACUAAAGAUAAAUGGUCCUACGAGAUGACCGUUGGUAGCGACCGUUACAUGGCUCCGGAGCAAUUUGACUCUGCUGGCGCGGGAUACAGCCCUGCUGCGGCAGAUAUAUGGGCCAUCGGUAUUUGCUUGCUUAAUAUCUUGUUCUCCCGCAAUCCCUUCACUACGCCAACCGAGGCGGAUCCACUUUUCUUGGACUUCACUCGCGACAAUCAAAGCCUUUUUGAUGUCUUUCCAGCCAUGUCACAGGACACAUACGAGGUAAUCGUCCAUUGCAUGAAUUUCGACCCUAGGAAACGAUCGCUAGAGGGUGCUCGAGAUGCUCUUCUUCGCGUGGUGAGCUUCACCACUGAAGAUGAGUCCCUGGAUGACUUCUGUGGAGCAGAGAGGGCAACGGUCGCAUCCGCCAACCGUGAGCCUCUGCGUACUCCCUCUAUCCAGAACCCUCAGGUUGAUAGCCAGACUGGUGCUUUCCCAUGGGCGAAGGCUCUUCACGACAGUCCGCACCGCCACACUCGGCAUCUCAGUGCUAUUCCUGACAAUGAGAGUUAUACUGAAGACUUGUUUUCCAAAUCCAGUGAGACUGUCGAUUGGUGCUCGACCAGCAUACAGACUCCGUCUAUGUCGUCUGUACUGGAUUCACAGUUGGAUGCUUCGAUGAGGUCACUGGCAAUCAAUAAGCCGUGUCGUCCAAAUGGAUCUACAGCACCUGGUUCAAUGCCCAUCACAAUGGCCAAACCGCUUGCCUUGUCCAUGUCGAGCGUGUUUGGCCGUCGAAAAGAUGCAGUGUCUAAGAGCUGGAGUGACAUGUGGGACGAAGACGAAGAAGAACAGAGGAAGACUCUUCAGGAAUUCAAUUCGAGGACGUGGAGCCACGAGAGUAGGACUGAGCCGAGGAGGACUGACAACCAAGAAUCUCCUCCAGUUUCGCAAGUCACUAUCAAAGGGAACGUGGAUGACGACUUGGUCGCCGAUGGAUUCUUUUUCCAAGACUCCCCUGCCGUCAAACUGGUCUCAUCCACGGCACGAUAUUCGCCUCCGUCUAAACGAUUCAACUAUGACAAAUGGGCGGCAUUAGGUGAGCGUCGCAGGGGUCGGGGCUCGGAUGUGGAAAUGGAGAAGUCGCCGGGCUUGAAGCCGCGACGCCACCUUGGUUUUGGAUAUAAAUCUUAUGAAGCCGGCGUUUGGGAUCAUCCAACGGUCAACAACAAUAGCAACACAAAAAUGAGUAAGAAUUGGGGCAGAGAUCGAAUCAAAGAAUGCCCUUGGAGUAAGGGAAGAGAUUGGAACUGGCGCCGAGAUCACAAUCGCAAUGAUUUCGGGGACGUUGAGUGGGUUGGUGGUUGGUAA